AUGGGUCUCGCUUCUAAACUCCAAGCCGCACAAUCCGCAGGUGGUGCUCCCGGCGCAGCUCCCGGCGGCGCGCCCCCACCUCCCCAGCAGCAACAGCAGCAGUACGGUCAGCCCCCUCAGCAGCAGCAACAGCAGUAUGGCCAGCCUCAGGGCCAGAGCCAGCAGUAUGGUGCGCCUCCAGGUGCUCCGCCCAACAGGCCUCAGUCUGGGCAGUACGGUGCUCCUCCAGGUGCUCCCCCUCCCCCUGGUCAACAAGGCCAGCAAGGUCAGUACGGCCAGCAGGGCCAGCAGGGCCAGCAAGGCCAGUACGGUCAACCCCCUCAGGGCCAGCAGCAGCAGUACGGCCAGCAGCCCCAGCACGGCCAGCAGCCGGGUCAGUACGGCCAGCAGCAGGGCCAGCAGGGACAGUAUGGCGCGCCCCCCGGUGCUCCCCCAGGCCAAGGUCAGGGCCAGCUCCCGAGCCAGCAGUACGGCCAACAGCCCCCUUCGUACAACGGCCCUCCCGCGGGUGGUGCGUCGGGCGGUGGUCAGACUGCCGACCCCAGGUUCCUCGUCGGUAUCUUGCAGCAGUGUGUGCAGGACCAAAACAUCCAGGCCUUCUACCCUCCUGGAUCGCUCGAUCAAAUCGCCGCCAAGGUCGCCAGCUCUGGCGCGCUCGCCAAGAUCGCCAGCGAAUGGCGCAUGCCCCUUGAGCUCGCGUCCGACCUGGUCAAGCUCAGUCUCUUCGACGUCGUGCUCUACAUUGACGACUCGGGAAGUAUGGCAUUCGAGGAGGGCGGAGAGCGUAUCGACGAUCUCAAGCUUAUUCUCUCGCGUGUCGCCUACGCUACCUCGCUCUUCGACCACGAUGGUAUCCAGGUCAGGUUCAUGAACAACCGUCUUGAGGGCAACAACAUUGCUUCCGAGCAGGCUGCGCUCCAGCUCGUCCAGCAGAUUAAGUUCUCUGGUCUGACCCCUCUCGGUACCGGUAUGUGGAACAAGGUCAUCCAGCCUCUUGUGCUCGGCCCUGCCCGCGCCAACGCGCUCCAGAAGCCCGUCCUCAUCAUCGCCAUCACGGACGGAACCCCCGCCGGCGAGAACAAGGACGAAAUCUUUAGUGUCAUCCAGCGCACAGACGCCGAGCUCAGAAGGACCCGCUACGGUCCCGACGCGAUCUCAUACCAAUUCGCCCAGGUUGGAAAUGACCAGAAGGCGACACGUUUCCUCGAGGAGCUGGACAACCACCCAACUAUCGGUGGUCUCGUCGACUGCACGUCCAACUUUGAGUUGGAGCAGGAAGAGAUGAUGCGCAAGUCUGGUGUCGACCUCAGUCCCGAGUUGUGGCUCGUCAAGCUGCUCAUGGGCGCUAUCGACUCGUCUUACGAUACCAAGGGUGUGUUCUCUUUGAUUUCGAAACGUAGCUCGGGCAACAGCUGA